CUGCAGGACAUGCUUAACGUCUGUCUGUCUAUGUUCUUCUACUAAAACCAGCGGGGUUGGCCCAUAGAUGCACAGAGACUGGCAAAUUGCUUCACUCAGGAGCUCUCUAUGACAGAAAUCAGAAUUUAAAACAGCAGAUUGUUCACAGUUACAUGUUGAGCAGUUAACUUGUUGUUGCAUUUAGCUUUAGCAAGGCAGCUUCAGUUUGAGAGCAAAUUAUUUUCAUUUGCUCUGUUUUUUAUAGAUUUCAAACACAGUCACUGUUUUGGAGAUAGUUCCUCUCCUUUUAGGUCACUAGGUAGAUUUUCUCCUGACUUUUCAUCCCUCCAUUGCUUAGAGGUCGCUUUUUGAACCUUUGCACCAUGUGGGAGUUCAGGUCCAUGUCAUUCUGGCGCGCUGUAUUUGCCGAGUUCUAUGGCACCAUGUUCUUCGUAUUCUUUGGGCUGGGGGCAGCCCUCCGCUGGACCACGGGGCCCCUUAAUGUUCUUCAUGUUGCCUUUUGCUUUGGGCUGGCGGCUGCCACCCUCAUCCAGUCCAUCGGCCACAUCAGUGGAGGACACAUCAACCCAGCUGUUACCUUUGCCUACCUGAUUGGCUCUCAGAUGUCGCUGUUCCGCGCUUUCUUCUACAUCGUGGCCCAGUGUCUCGGCGCACUGGCCGGUGCUGCGGUGCUCUACGGGGUCACCCCGACCAACAUGAGGGGCAACCUGGCCCUCAACACGCUGCAGCCAGGAAUCAGCCUGGGCAUGGCCACCACGAUGGAGGUGUUCCUCACCCUGCAGCUUGUCGUGUGCGUCUUUUCUGUGACUGAUGAGAGGCGCAAUGGACGCCUGGGCUCUGCUGCCCUGGCCAUCGGCUUCUCUGUGCUCAUGGGCCAUCUUCUCGGGAUGUACUACACUGGAGCAGGAAUGAACCCAGCAAGGUCCUUCGCCCCUGCUGUCAUGGUCAGGAACUUUGUCAACCACUGGGUGUACUGGGUUGGACCGAUGAUUGGAGCUGCCUUGGGUGCUCUGGUGUACGACUUCAUACUCUUCCCCCGUGUGCGCAACCUCUCCGAAAGGCUCGCUACACUGAAGGGCAUUCGGCCCCCAGAGGCUGAGGGCCAGCAGGAGAACAGGGGGGAUCCCAUCGAGCUCAAGACACAGGCCCUAUAAGCCUGGAGAAGAAGAUUGGCUUUCUGACCUCCCCAUCCCUCACCCCUCACCCCAAUAUCUGCACCCUCAGUUCCCGGUCCAUCCUUAGCCCAUUCAGCAUUUCUGCGCACUUACCCUCCUCCCCGCCUUCACACAUGCUCACACGCAUCCCAGACACCUUUGUUAUCCUGUUCUGCAUCCAGAACUGACCUACUGAAUUACAGUGAAGCGGAACCCGAAGCCCUGACAAUCUCGUCUGAUUUCACCUCCACCCACCCACCCUUCCUCCUCUUCCUUUUCUUCCUCCUCCUCCUCCUCCUCCUCCUCCUCCUCCUCCUCC